AUGAGGGGUCUUGACCAGGACAUGAAACACCACAGGUCCGUAUAUAUGUCCAGGAAAGGGAGUGGAGUUACUAAUUCUUUUGCUUAUAACGUGUAUGGGUUUGUACUAGCACUACAAGUGUGGAGCUAUGAGAUCAUUCAAAACUUGGUCCCUAAAUUCGCCACAAGGAAAGACGUUGAUGGCCCUUUUCGCCCAAGGAUAUUGUUGUAUCAAUCGAAAAUGAAGAAUACAUUUCAGGAGAUGCAAUCUUCCUUUAACAGCGCUGUGUUUUCUAAGAUGGCCGAGUCCUCUGAGGAGACGAGUUUGUACAGUGGGGAGGAUUUUGAACACAUUAACAAUUCAUACGGUGAUUUGUUUGAGGGAGUUACUGAUGGGGGAAAAAGAGAAAGGCUGAUGAAGAUCAAAGCAGCCAUCAAGCGUCGUAGCCUGCGUAACAUGAGUCCCCCAUCCACAACUUCAACACCUCCAUCAUCACCUGCACGUGAACCGGCACCGGCAUCUCAUGUUCAGAUAAAGGAUGCCGAAAAGAAGAUUGAGAAUGAGAUUGUUGAGGAUCCGCCGAUAGAGAAUGUUGAGGCUGUUGUCGAGAAUGAGAAUGUUGGGAAGAAGAAAGACGAAAAUGACGAAGAUGAACUGGAAAUAGUGAAUACUCCACUUCCUCUUCCUAAGAAAGUCAUAUUGGUCACGAGAAGGAAUAGGAGGCCGAAGAAUGAUCCAGAUUUCACCGACCCCAAUCUGAAACAGCCCAAGUUAAAAGAUCCUAUCACCGUCAAUCCACUUCUAAAAUAUGACGAUCAACUUCUUCAUCAAUUGCAAACAUGGCUUAAAGAUCCAAAUACUGACAACAACAAAAUUGAGCUCCAUACUAUAUUAGGUGAUAAGGCAUUAUUUCGCCGAAUGCUAAAAAGGUUCACUUGGCUGACUGAUGAUGAAAUCGAUGCAGGUUGCUUCAUUCUGAGAAGAAGAGCUUGGGUAUAUCCAAAGACAUAUAAGAAGAACUUCUUUAUUGGAGAUUGUUGGCUCCACACCAGGUUCACUGCUGAGUACGCUGCGUUUAAGAAAAGUCGUAUUGAGUUUGACAUUGAAAACUUUUUCGAAUACUUCUUGGGCGAUGAAAGCAACUAUAUGAAUAGUUGGAAAGUAUGCGAUGAUAUAUAUAUUCCUUUGAACAUCAAAGACGUCCACUGGAUACUUUGUGUUGUCCGUCUACAGCAAUGGCGCGUAGACGUAUAUGACUGCGAUCCUGGAUGUUAUGCUAAUCUUGAUGAGUUUGUGCUACCGAUGUGCCAAAUGAUUCCGGUUAUAUUUGACAAGGCAUUGCCUCUUGAAGAUAAACAAAGAUUUCCUCUGCUCAACCCUGAUUCCGUUUUGCCAUACACAAGACGUCCAGAGUCAGAAGUUCCCAAAGCAACUAAGAGUGGAGAUUGUGGUGUAUUUGUAUUAAUGUAUAUUGAGUACUUGACUGCAGGUCUGAAUCUAUCAGAAGUGACCUCAAAUGAGAUGAAAGCUUGGAGAGAAAAGUGGGCAGUGAGGUUAUUUCAUGGACUUGUAGAUCCAUAG